AUGCCUUUCAUUCAGACCGCCCAGAACGUCCGUGUCGACGAGGGACACAUCCUCCGUGCCAGCCUCCAGAAGGGUGACGGCAACUGGGUCGAUGCCGAGAUCGACCUCAACAACCACGUCGGCAACAACAACGGCCGCUUCGACUGGAACGGUCGGGACUUCGCUGGCUCCGCCGAGAACAUCUCCUUCUCCAUCGAGGGUGCCGCCAACCAGCCCAUCCUCCGCGCCGCUCUCCGUGACGGCGAGGGCAACCUCAACAACACCGACCUCAACCUCGAGGAGUGGUUGAACAACAACGACGGCCAGUUCAACUGGAACUCUUAG